GUUCCCGAACGACAGAUCUCUCCCUGUCCACCCGCACGGCUACUACACGGUACAAGUGGAUCAUGCAGUAAAUACCGGUAGGUAAGCCUUGGCUCGAGCUUUUCCUGUCCCCCUCCCCUUCCUUUCUCCUUCUCGUCGUCAACCCGCGUCCAUCUCACCACUGUCACCUCUACCACCAUCACUACCAAAAACCCUCAUAACAAACUACGGUGAGCAGUACCUUGAGAUCUGCACCCUCCCUGGAAUUUAAAGAGAUGGUUCUGUUACUCCGCUUUCUGCGGAUGCCGCGGCCAACGCACUUCCUUGGACUUUUAGACCUCCAGCAUGGAGCCGAGCUCAUUCUUGUGUGUACUCUUUUCAAUAAAAUCUCCGGUUUGUACGGUAUUAUAGCCAUGCUUGUAGGAGCCGAGAUAUCUACGCUGCAACUAUCGAUGUACUUUUACUCCCUUUUAAUGUUCGGAGCGUUAAUCUAUACUCUCCCGAAACUCCAUCAACGAAACCCCCUCGCCGCCAUCACGUUUGCAUACCUGUACCUGGCCGAUUCUCUCAUAAACGCCCUUUACACUCUCCUCUUUGGAAUAUCCUGGUUUUUGGUCUUGGCCUCGAAACACAACUCCGCUAUCCACCCGAUAAAGUCUGCUGGUGAGACGAUGGAUGACACCGCUGGCUUCACACCCUCUGAAUUCAACGCUUCGGAAGUGGACGUUGUCGCCUACCCGAGUGCAUCGGGCCAAGACACGGUGGUCAUCGGUAGCGGCGAGGGAACUUCAUUCCUGUCGUCUGGGGUGCUGCAGCCGGAGAGCUCGACCAGCAUUCUUAUCAUUUCGGUGAUAUGGUUGAUCAGGAUUUACUUUGUGAUCAUUGUCAUGGCGUUCGCGAGGGAGGUUGUUAGGGGCAGUGCCACUCCUGGGGAAGCACCGUUUACGGGCAGGAAUUAUGGAGAGGGGUGGCAAGGAGCUUUGGGGAGGGCGUUGGUGUCGUGCAAUAGAGGGUAUUGGGAGGGUAAGAGUGGGUGGACCCCCUUCGGGUCGAAGUUUAGGAGGAGUGUGGAGCCCGAGGAUGGAAGGAGGAGGAGGGGAAGGGAUUCUAGUGAGGGGAGGUCCUUACCCGUUUGAUUGGAUGGGGAAGAUGGGGGACGGGCGGGGAGAUGAAUUUCCAUAACGUGCGAAUAUCGAUGCUGCAUGCGGGACGGAUAAAUAUCAUACCGAAUACUCAUAAGCAAACAAAACGAACAAGCAAAAGCUGUCGUCUACUGUCGCUGUUCUUGGGUUAUAUCUGCAUAUCGCUCUUUUUCCCCUCCCCCCCUUUUUUUGGUCUAUUAUUUCCUUGGUUUAUUGCUUUGUUUUUGCUCUGAACUGUACCUUUUGCUUGUUAGGAAUCAUUGGGGAGUGGGGGUUGGGGGGUCUUCACUAAUGUAUUGCGUCAUGUUUUUAUUCAGGCAUUGCUGUUAUUGAAUUAGUGUAGUGCCUUCGUUCAAGAUCAAGAUGGGGGUGGGAUUGGUUGGCGGGAUAUGAAUGGACAGACAGAUGGGCGGACAGGAUAGGAUCGAAUGGGAUGGGGGGUGGAUUGGGUGUAACUUAUAUAUCCUCGAUGUAAAAUACCAAGAGACGGAAGAGUAGCAGUAGGAUAAUACUGGUAUGGAAAUGAGAUUCUUUUUAUCGGAU